AUGAUCACUGAAUACAUUCAGCUUAAUCACGGAAUAGUCAAAAAUUUUAAAGGAAGAACUCCGGCUUCGUCUUAUCACCGAGAAGCCAAAGAACAGGCCCUUAUCCGAGACGGUUUCCGAUGCGUAGUGACUGGGAAAUACGACGUCAAAGGAGAAGAUCUGUCAAUUGUUACAUUGACUGAAGUGCUCGACGCCGGCGGCAUCGUGAACACAGAAUGUGCCCACAUUAUACCAGAUUCUGUGUAUUUCAACAUUUCAGCCAAAACAGAUACGGACACGAGCGCAGAGAAGGAUUAUUCUUCGUCGGCGUUGGCCGUUUUAAAGCACUUUGGCUACAACAUUGAAAGUCUGAAUGGUGAAAAAUUCCAUUCUCUUUUCAACGUUAUGACGAUGGAGAAGGAUGUACACGACUGGUUCGAUCGAUUACAGAUGUGGUUUGAGAAGACUCCAUCUCUUAACUGUUAUCGUGUCUGUACAGCCAGAAGAGGUUAUGUAGUGCCCCAUACGGUUACAUUCACUUCGUCGGAUCCCAUCAACCUUCCGCUCCCGUCUGGGGAACUCCCGGCCUUGCAUGCGGCUUGUGCAAAAGUUGCCAACCUCUCAGGUGCAGCCAAAUGGCUUGACAAAAUUGCCGACGACAAGGAUAAUUUAGAGACGCUGGCACCUGACGGAUCUUCAUCUAAUUUACAGGAAAGCAUGAUAGAUAUCAAUGUUGACAUGAACAAGGGCCUUGGUCAUAGAGAAAUCCAGCGCUACAAUAGUCGAAUGAGUGCUAAUAAGUCUCAGGCUCCCUCCCCAUGCCUCGUAAUCAACACAGUAUCCAUACCACAGUCUCACCACAACACUUCUGGUGAAACGUCUGGAGAUCUUCGCUUCAUCAAGCAACGCACCUCUCUAGUGCCCACUGCUGGCGUAUUCAAUAAUUCCAACAACACCCAGGCUCAACACAGCAUUUUCAGCGAUUUUUCUGGGAGUCUACAGCCCGUUGUGCACAACGUCACGAAUGUUACUCAUGGCAGCCCUGAUGGUGUGUGGUGUUUAUCAGCCUUGAGAUCUGAGCUCAGUUAUCGGGGGUCAGCCAUACCUGGUUUACACCAGCUGCUACAACCAGUCAAUGCUUCGUACCAGAAUCGCUCUGGGAAAAAGGCCCGAUGUUUGCAAGGCACUCGGAAGGAUGUCCUCGAGACGAUCCAAAAAUGGGCGGACCGUACUAGUCUUCCAAUUUGCUGGCUAAAUGGCUCUGCUGGAUCUGGAAAAUCAACUAUCGCGCAGACUAUAGCGGAAUGGUGUGCUGACGAGAGGAAACUUGCCGCCAGUUUCUUCUUCUUCAGAGGAAUAGGAAAUCGAGACAAAAUCUCCCAUCUUAUUCCAACGCUCGCUUUUCAGCUCUCGACUACAGUCAGAGGCAUGGAACCGUUGUUACAAAAUGCCCUCAAUAAAGAACCCUCCAUUUUGAACACUCCACUCAGCUACCAGUUUGACAAACUCAUCAUGGAACCCAUGCUUGCAUGCUCAAAACGUAUACGAAAUUUUUUCAAGCGUAAACGCAUGGUGAUCGUUAUCGACGGUUUGGACGAGUGUGGACACCAGGACAGAACAUUAAUGGAUGAAUUCAUUGAUGCUGUAGUCGAUGCCUGUGGGGCCAGGAAUGGUCGGGUUCCUUUUUGUCUUUUUAUCACUAGCAGGGUUGAAGAAUAUCUCCGUAAAAAACUCGAAACUCGAAACGCCAGAAAUCUUACACUUCAAUUGAAGCUACAAAACUUCAACGCUGCGGGAGAUAUCCGCAUGUUUUUCCAGUCCGAGUUCGAAACAAUAUAUGAUGCGAAUCGCCUACUUAUGACCACGGAUAAGGUACCAGAGCCUUGGCCUUCGUCUGAAGUCCUUGACACUCUCGUCAAAGAAGCUUCGGGAUCCUAUAUCUACUCGUCCACAUUCGUCGAUUUUGUUAGUAGAGCAGGGGGGAUGCCGCACCGGAAACUUCUGGACGCACUAAAGGCACAUGGCCUAGAUGAUCUGUAUUCUCAGGUGUUCUCGAAUGCUUUGUAUCCGGACGGGGUACCUGGAAAUAUGGUCGAUCUCAUGCAGAUAAUGGGCACCCUCCUCCUUCUUGAAGAUCCACUACCCAUCAAGCAUCUCGCUUCUUUGUUAAAUAUUUCCUCACGACGCCUUGUAGAGAUUUUUCUUAGUAUUCAGUCAAUCCUCCUCAUUCCCGAAUCUGAUGACGAUCUGGUGCAACUGGUUCACACUUCUUUAAAGGAUUUUUUGUUGGCUCCAGCACGUUCAGGCAACUAUUUCAUCAAUCCCCCUACUCGUCACCUCUCCAUUGCCAUUAAUUGUCUGAAUAUCAUAGAAAGAAACAAGGCGGAGUUCUGGUUUGGGGUUCAACCAUUGUCGUACGCUGUCAAGGAGUGGUUGAAUCACCUGCACAAAGCAUUGUCUGAAGAGGAGCGAUAUCCUUCGGACUUGUCUUUAAUUUUUUUACUUAAAGAUUCUCUGACAAACUUUGCCAGUAGUUCCCUUGAUCCUUGGUUGCACUCUAUGAUUAUGAAUAAUAUGAAUGCCACAAUAUACAAGGAAGCACCACUUUUUUCGCCUCAAGAACUCUCGAAGUACCCUCAAGUCCAAGCUUUAAAUGCAAGGCUAUUUGACCUAAAAUCCGCUUUAUUCCACUCUGAUCAACAGCUUAAUGUUGCUCGCAAUUUUGUCCCACAAUAUUUUCCGCUGAGAAUUUCUGGCCCUUAUGAUGCUUUAGAAAUAUGUACGAUUAAACCACUCUAUGCAAAUACUUCAGCUGGCUCACCCACAUCAUAUUUUACGAACUUCAUGACAUUCUCAGCACUGCCUGACUUUUGGCUGACUGCCCUUUGUGGCGGUUUAGGACGUUGUACGUUCGCUUAUGUCCUCUUGGGUGCCACGGAUUUGACUGAUUGCCUUGCCCUUGGGAGUUUUUUUAGAUUACAUUUGGCUGAUUAUCAUGACCUUGGUGAUGUCCUUAGCAUGUGGUGCGUUCAUCUCGUCCCUUUACGGGCCGGACGUUUGGCUGACCGUCAUGCUAUUGGUGACAAUCUCAGGAUGUAUGUCCCUCUCAUCUCUUUGCGCGCCAGACAUAUGGCUGACUAUCAUGAAUUUGGUGGUGUCCUUAGCAUACAUUUGGCUGAGCGUCAUGCCCUCCGUGACAUUCUCAGCUUGAUGUACGUCCCUCUCAUCUCUUUGCGUGCCAGACAUUUGGCUGACUGUCAUGGCUGGGUGAUGUCUUUAGCGUUGUCUGACAUUUGGAUGGUUGUCCAUGCCUUUGGUGAUGUCCUUAGCGUGCAUUUGGCUGACUGUCAUACCCUUCGUGACAUUCUCAGAGUACGUUUUGCUGGCUGUAAUGGCCUGGGUGGUGUCCUUAGCGCACAUUUGGCUGAUUGCCAUGCCCUUGGUGACAUCCUCAGCGGCGUGCAAGUUGCUCUUGUUCCUUUGUGUAUGAGACAUUUGGCUGACUGUCAUUGCCCUUCGUGGCGUUCUCAGCAACCUCUGACUGUCAUACCCUUGAUGGUAUUCUCAGGAACCAGACAUUUGGCUGAUUGUCAUCCCCUUGACGGCAUUAUCAGCAAACUGACUGCCAAGGCCUGGGUGAUGUUUUCAGCCUACAGAAAUCCGCAAGGUGAUGGUUUGCAACCAUUUCAUGUAUUGGAAGGCGGGACCCUUGCUAACUGA